AUGGUCCGCCAGGAUGUCUUGGGGCAUCAUAUCCGUCAGGAUGGAUGACGGCUGAGAAAUUCAAGGCCUUCCUGGAGCACUUCGUUAAGCAUACGAAGUGCUCUCCCGAGCGACCUACGCUCCUACUACUUGACAAUCAUGAGAGUCAUCUGGCGAUCGAGGGAGUGCAGUUCGCCAAGGAUAACGGCAUUGUGAUGCUCUCAUUUCCUCCUCACUGCAGCCAUCAGCUACAGCCGCUGGACCGAAGCGUAUUUGGUCCCCUGAAGGCCUACGCAGCAUCAGCGCAGUCCAACUGACUUCGGAACAACCGCGGCCGGACGAUGACUGUCCACGACCUCCCGGGAAUACUGAGGGAGAUAUGGCCCCUGGCGUGCACGGAGAAGAACAUAGCCAGUGGGUUCCAGGUCGCAGGCAUCGUGCCAUACAACCCUGACGUGUUCACUGAUGUCGACUUCAGUCCGUCUCUGGUGACCGACCGCCCACAGCAGCAGCAGCCGGACCCUGGCUCCACACCGCUGCAGCAGCCGGGCCCGAGCUCCACAGCGCUGCAGCAUCCAGACCCGAGCUCCACAACACCGCCCACAGCAGCAGCCGCCGGGCCAGAGCUCCACACCGCCUACAGCAGCGGCAGCCGGUCCCGAGCUCCUGACCGCAGCAGCACCAGCCGGGCCCGAGCUCCACAUCGCAACGGCAGGCGGGCCCGAGCUCCAAACCGCGCACAGAAGCAGCAGUCGGGUCCUGGCUCUACACCGCCGCAGCAGCCGGACCCUGCCUCUACAUCACUGCAGCAGCCGGACCCUGGCUCCACACCGCCGCAGCAGCCGGACCCUGGCUCUACAUCACUGCAGCAGCCAGACCCUGGCUCCACACCGCCGCAGCAGCCGGACCCUGGCUCUACAUCACUGCAGCAGCCGGACCCUGACUCCACACCGCCGCAGCAGCCGGACCCUGGCUCUACAUCACUGCGGCAGCCGGACCCUGGCUCCACACCGCCGCAGCAGCCGGACCCUGGCUCUACAUCACUGCAGCAGCCGGACCCUGGCUCCACACCGCUGCAGCAGCCGGACCCUGGCUCUACAUCACUGCAGCAGCCGGACCCUGGCUCCACACCGCCGCAGCAGCCGGACCCUGGCUCUACAUCACUGCAGCAGCCAGACCCUGGCUCCACACUGCUGCAGCAGCCGGACCCUGGCUCCACACUGCAGCACCAGCCGGGCCCGAGCUCCACACCGCUGCAGCAGCAGCCGGACCCGAGCUCCACACCGCUGCAGCAGCCGGACCCGAGCUCCACACCGCUGCAGCAGCCGGACCCUGGCUCCACACCGCUGCAGCAGCCGGGCCCGAGCUCCACACCGCUGCAGCAGCCGGACCCUGGCUCCACACUGCAGCACCAGCCGGGCCCGAGCUCCACACCGCUGCAGCAGCCGGGCCCGAGCUCCAAGCCGCUGCAGCAGCAGCCGGGCCCGAGCAAAGACAUCAACUUUUCGCCGAAAGACGUCACCUGA